AUGAAAAGCGCAGAAUAUAUAAAAGCUAAUAAUGACUGGUUAGAUGCCCAAGCCAACGCUAAAGCAGCCCAACUUAUAGGGUCAAUAAGGACAAAAAUACAAGCGGAUGAAGACAGUUCAAAUGAAGCUUUAAUGAAUGCUGACUUUAAGAACGCCUUCGAAGCUCUUCAUAGUAAGGUGAAACUAGUGAACGACUUCUCAUCUGGAAAGAAACUGAAGUCUGAAGGUUUCGACAACGAGUUAAGAGAAGUAGCACAAAAUAUGACGAAAAUAACAGAUGCAGCAACGAGACAGGCAGUUCAAAGUGCCUAUGACGCCGUUAGAGCAACUGUUGUGGAAAGUCAAGAAAAAGAGUUACAACAGACCAAAACAGACCUAGUAAAUGCUUUCUUAAGAACGAAAAGUCAGGUAGGACAUUAUGCUGCAGAUGGAACAUAUGUGCCAGCUGGUGGAACUUAUAUACCACCAAACCCUCCAAGAGAAGCACCUGCACCAGGACUACCUAAAACAUUUACAUCGUCACAUGGACACAGACACAGGCAUGCACCAAAACCAACACAACAACCAACACAACAACCAACAGUUCAAAACACUGCACCACAACCAACAGUUCAAAACACUGCACAGCAACCAACAGUUCAAAAUCCAGCACCACAACCAACAGUUCAAAAUCCAGCACCACAAACAGAGCAAGGACAUAAAAGAAGUAGAGAACAAGGAAACCAAGAAUUCUUAAAAAUGCUUAAGGAAAAUUAUGGUUACCCAGAUACUCUUGACUUUAGUGACAGAUAUAAAGAAGCUAUUAGAAAGUUCAAGGAAGGAAAUACUGACCCGAACCUAUUUAGCUUUAUGGUUCAGCACCAAAUGGGAUAUAAUUUCAAACCUGGAAAAUACAAGCUCGCUAAGGGAUAUGAUUUAAUAGCAUAUCAUCCAAAUGACAUGAAUGAAUUUACUCCGAGAUAUUUGGUGUCAGAGAUAAAUGAUAAUUCAACUAUCUUCAUGAAACGCGUAAAAAAUAGAGACGGAACGAAAGAAGAAAGGGUUAUGAAUGCGGAUGACUUAAAUAGGGAACUUGUUAAAAACGGUCUCGGAAUAUAUGAAAUGCCAGCAGAUGAGGUACAAGAAACUCCACAGGAAGAAGUUCAGAUACAACCAGACAUGGAAGAAAUAGUUCAGCAACAACAGCUAGAAGAGCCUGAAGGAAACAAACAA